UUCAGUUUCAAAGCACCAUAAAAUGAAGAUGUUUCUUCUCGUCGUCUUUGCUUGCAUUGCAUUGGCUCAAGCCUCUUUCCUUCCUGUCCAACCUUAUGAUUACGGAUAUGCCGUCAAUAAUCUCUUCAGCCACCAGUACAAGCACGAAGCCGGAAACGGCGUUGGAGGUGUAGUGGGAAGCUACGGUACCGUUGAUGCUAGAGGAAACUUCCAAUACAGGAAUUAUGCAUCGGGUGCCGGAUACCCCAUCUACGGCUAUGGAUUAAAUGGAUACGGGCUCAGAUACGAUGGAUAUGGACAUCCAUAUGGAGUUUAUGGAAAUCUUGGUUAUGGUUAUGGAGGCGUAUUGGGACACCCAGCCUUGAUUUAAGUUACCACCAUUUUUUCUAUGGAAUGAAGUUGAUCCGAUUAUAAUUAAAUUAGAAAAUGAUGUUCUCAUAAUUGAUUAUUUUUAAUAAGCCAGUAACAUUUUACUAUCUAAUCUCUUGAAUUUUUUAUCAGAAAAUUUUGCAAACCAUUGGGUAAAUAGA